GGUUUAAAUUAUGCAGAAAGCUUUCAGAGCCCGGUGUGAAAUGCGUUGCUCGCAGGACUUCAAAGCCUUGCAUUGCUAACGAGACAGGAGCAGAUUUGCAUACGGCUUUAAUCAGCUGAAUACUGAUUAUGCUUCAUUAUAGAGUUGGAAGAGGAGGAGGAGGAGGAGGAGGGCGGUGGCGGCGGUGGAGGAGUUGGAGGAGGCCGCCAGCUGCACUUGUCGUUUGUUUCAUUCCAGCAAGAGAAGGAGAGGGCGAACUUUUUCAGACAAUCUUGGCAAACGAGAAAGAGAGAGAGAGCGAGAGCGAGCGCGAAGGCAGAGUAGGCACAGUAAAAAGAGAAAGGGGCAGAGCUAUAAGAAAAGAAAAGAAAGGCACGGAGAGCUGUUUGCCCCAAACCCUGUUGGCUUUCCCAGUGUGCGUAUCCCAGUGUUGCUCAGUGAACCGUGUGGUGGACACUGCCACUGUGUCUGUGUGCUGCUCUGGUUGUAUUGAACUCUGCUCGCCGCUGACCACUGGAGAGUGAAGAGAGAGGGGGGGGGGACGGUGGUGGGAGGAGGAGGACCAGCCUCCCGAUACCCCGUCAGUCGGGUUUGCCCGGGCAGAGGCAAUUUUUUUUUUUACUUAAUUGGUUUAGCAACCAUGCUGGAAAACACAGGUGGAGCGGGAGCGGAUGCUAAAGUGAAUAAUCAGUCAGAAACUACUAAAUGUGCAAUGGAAAGUGAUGGCGGCAACACCGGAAUCCAAACCAAUGGAUUGGACUUUGAGAGGCAGACGGUGACAACCACAAGUGCAAUCACUAAUGCACAUGCACAAGCGUUCCUCCAACAGUCUAAGUCGGAAGACUCGGGUGCUCUUCCGACCUCCGUCCAGCAGAGCGUUUUGCCACAAACCCAGUUAAUGUUGGCCGGGGGACAGAUUGCUGGAUUGGCCCUGACCCCAGCGCAGCAGCAGCUGUUGAUCCAGCAGGCCCAAGCUCAGCUCCUGGCUGCAGCCGUGCAGCAUUCGACCAGCCAGCAGAACAGCACCACCGGGGCCAGCAUCUCUGCCACCGCAGCGACACCCAUCACCCAGCUGCCCCUGCCGCAGUCCAUCCAGAUCGCCCCUACAGCAGACAACUCCUGGGUAUUUUAUAAGCAGCUACAGCAGCAGAAUCUAAGUCUGCCCCAGUUUGUUCUGGUUCAACCCAGCCACCCGAUCGCGCCACUGCAGACCACUCAGUUCAUCAUCUCACAGACACCGCAGGCCCAACAGAGCAUAUUGCAAGCCCAGAGUCUUCUAACUCAACUACCUCAAAGCCAAGCUAACCUCCUGCCGACUCAACCAAGCAUCACCCUUGCAACUCAGCCUGCAACUCCGACCCGCACAACAGCAGCCACACCAAUCCAGUCCCUGCCCCACAGUCAGACACCACCCAAACGGCUGGACACUCCCACUUUGGAGGAGCCGAGUGAUCUGGAGGAGCUGGAGCAGUUUGCCAAGACUUUCAAACAGAGACGUAUCAAACUGGGCUUCACGCAGGGGGAUGUCGGCCUGGCCAUGGGGAAGCUGUACGGAAAUGACUUCAGCCAAACUACCAUUUCUCGCUUUGAGGCCUUGAACCUGAGCUUUAAGAACAUGUGCAAACUCAAGCCGCUGCUGGAGAAGUGGCUCAACGAUGCAGUUUGUGCAGAGAACCUGACAUCUGACCAGGCCCUGUCCAGCCCCAGUGCCCUGGGCUCCCCGGGCAUGGGCAUAGAGGGCAUCAACCGCAGACGAAAGAAAAGGACCAGUAUCGAGACCAACAUCCGAGUGGCCUUAGAAAAGAGCUUUCUGGAGCAGAACCAAAAACCUACCUCUGAGGAGAUCACCAUGAUUGCUGAACAGCUCAACAUGGAGAAGGAGGUGAUUCGGGUCUGGUUCUGCAAUCGCCGACAGAAGGAGAAGAGAAUUAAUCCACCCAGCAGUAACAGCAUGGCAGGAGGCAACACCCCCAUCAAAACUAUCUUUGCCCCCAGCAGCCCUUUGGUGGCCAGCACAGCAAGCCUUGUGAGCAGCCCAACUAUUAACACACCCACCACUCUGACUGUAAACCCAGUGAUGCCUCUCACCAGCACCAGCGCCAGUUUGUCUUUUACAGGCACAACAGUCGGAGCCACAAACACUGCGUCCGUCAUCUCCACUACCCCUAUGGUUACCACGGCAACCAGCUCCCCGUCUCUAAGCCCGUCGCCGACGACCAUCCAGUCCACGACCACGGAGAGCAAGGCCGGCACUCACGCGCAAACGAUCGUCACCCAGGCCCCGACGUCCUUCGCCAACGCUUUGGGGACGGGUCAGGUGAUGGUGGCGGCGUCGGGGCUGUCGGCGGCGCUGCAGGGCGCCGCCCAGUUACCCACCAGCGCCGGCUUCGCGGCCAUGGCCGCUGCUGCUGCCGGGCUCAACCCGGGACUGAUGGCGUCCUCGCAGUUCUCUCCAGGGGGAGCCCUCCUCAGUCUGACUCCAGGUGGCCUCAGCAGUGCACUGAGUCCUGCUCUGAUGAGCAACAGUACCCUGGCUACCAUUCAAGCACUGGCGUCGGGCGGAACGAUCCCCAUCACCUCUCUGGACGGAGGCAACCUGCUGUUCGCCAACACCUCCGCCGGCAACGCGUCCAACCUGGUGACCACGCCGCUCUUCCUGAACCCCCAGAACCUGUCGCUGCUCACCAGCAACCCCGUCAGCCUGGUGUCGGCCGGGGCGGGGGGGCUCCAGGUCGCCGCCGACGAUCAUCAUCAGGCCACCUCGGCUGCCGUGCCUGUGCAAGCCUCCACCAUAACCACUGCCUCCAAGGCUCAGUGAAGCCAGUUGGGCCGUGUCCACGAUUUUACGCCCUGUUUCUCACGCCGAGCACUACUCUCCUAUCACACACCGUGUAGGGAAUAGGGUGGGUCUUUGAUAGGCUCCGUGCUUCACUAACAACCCAACAAACUUUCCAUUGUAUCUACCAUUAUUUAAUCCUUUGCUGCCACCAAAAAGAAAACAACCUCAAAAAAAAAAAAGGUUGGGCUUAAUUUUUUUUUUUUUUUGUUGUUUUCCUUUAUGAGUCUUGGAUGUUUUUACCACAAACAGUAGCCUGAUGGACGCUGUUGUUGUUGGCCUGCCGCUCCUCAUGAACCUUGACGAGUGUCCUGGGGAGGAAAAAAAAAUCCCCGGCACCUUCAAGCCGUUCAAGUUUUGUACAUAAAACCCACCUUUGUCCAGGUCAGGACUUUCUCUGAAAUACUGCUAACCAAAAACAAACUUUUCUCUUUUAACUUUCAAACGGAUUUACUACUAAUUUCACUAUGUUCAGUAUCACUAACGGGGUUUUGUGUGUCGCCCUAUCUUUAUUGAUAUCUUUUGGGUAUUUUUUCUUUGUUUUUGUUUUGGACAGGCCUUUGACGUAAAUCAUAUCAAAGUUAUAUUUUGGAAACUUUUUUUUUUGUUUUCUUUAUCUUUACUGUCUAUAUUUUUUUGACACUUUCAGAACUUUGUAAGUCUGAUAUUAAGUUAAGAUUUAACUAUCACUUUCUAAUCGUGGUUAUAAGGCUUUAAAAACAAGUAAUAAGUGGCCGAUAUAAAGGUUAUCAUUGCUUUAAGAGUCGGAGGGACCCGGUGCGUCUCUCUGAGUCUCUCUUCUGGAAAAACACUGAGUUUUACAUUUUUGCCGUGGUGGAGACGUAGCCGCCGAGCGUCUGUAAAACGUCCAGGUGUGGAUUUUAGACACUGACGGAGAAAAAAGAAAAAAAAAUGAAAACAUUACAUUGAGAGCUUUAACGUGAGCUGCAGGCGUGCGGUCCCGUGUCUGUUUUGAGGGUGGUUUGUUUUGGUUUGUGAUCCGUUGGGGGAAACUGUACAUUGCGUUUGGAUUCAGAGGUCGAGAGCGGUCGUUUGCAUGUGUUGUCGACAGCUCAGGCGGACGCUGAAAGAAAGUUCUGAUCCACGAGGCUCCGCGGUCUGUUUUCGUUGAGGACUAGUCAUGGGACGUGGUCGUCACACCAAAAUGUGUGGUGGCGGUGGCUAGACGGGGUUUAUUGUGUUCCUUUGUUUCUUUUUUUUUAUAUAUAUAUAUGGUAGUACCGUCGUAUCUACUUGUGCACAGUAUCUGUACCAAAAAACUGGAUUGAAGAGCUGCAGUCUGCCUGUUUCGGGAGGAAUGAAAUUCUGUCUUUUUUUCUUUUUCUCUUUUUUUUUUUAUUUUGUCUGCAGUCGUUUGACUGGCUUACGUACUUUAAGAUAUACCAAAAAUAUUUGUUAAAAUAAUUGCUGUGUGUAGUCGGUGUAGCUUAGUCUAGUCGAUAUAUUUAUGAGUACAAAAUCUCUCUUCAUUGUAAACAGAAUAUAGAAAUGCAAUAUUUUGAUGAUCAUUUUCCAAAGAUCACUUCUUCUUCUUCUUCUUCUUUUUAUUAUUUUUUUUUAAUUUGACCACGUGUCUCAUUGCUUAAUUUUGAAUUGGCAGCACAACUGACCAAAAAAAAUGUGCGAUCGGUGGGUUGGGGGGCACGAGAAAGUAGUGUCUUUUUACUUUUUUUAAAAUUUUCUUUUUUUAAAGGAAAAAAAAAAUAUUUUUUAACCUCUGGGGCUUUCAACCUAAUUCUUAAUCUGGGUUUCUGUGAGCCAUUUGAUGGCCUGUUUCCCUUUCUAAUCUGUUGUGGUAGCAGUUUUUGGGCUUUUCUGAAACACGAUGGAAAGGGUCUGUUUUUUUGUUUUUGUUUUUUUUUUUUUUUUUUUUGGUUUUCGUGCUAAUAUUCAGCCAUAAAACAACAGCUUGAACCAAAGUGGUUUUCCUCAGUAGUUGCUGUGCCUGUCUGAGCACACAAGUCGCUGUUCGCUCGAUCUCCGCUCUCCACAGAUGAUUUUUUUCCUCCUCUCCCACUUCGCUCGAUACCUGAUUUUUUUUUUCCUGAUUUGGUGCUGCUGGACACAGAAACUUAGCUUUAACAACCUGCUGCUGAAGCUCCCGGUGGAGCCGAGCUGUCGAGAGGCCUGCAUGCUUUCUAAUAGCUUUAUCACUGCAUCCUGUGAAAAUCAGGGUUGUGUAGUUUUAGUCCCUCCCGGCCGGAGGGCUCACCUCUGUAAAUGCACAGCUCCGAUCGCGUCACGUACGACGUCACUUCACCUCCUUCCUCUCAGCCCCGAACAUUUUUUUGAAAAACCAGCGCGUUAGGAAACGAUUUGCUGCUCCCGAAAUCCGUCUGUGGACUAGUUUUGAAAACCGAAUCUUACACAACACGAACGCAGCGCGGGGGGUUAAUACCCCCAGUUAAAGCCCACACAAGAGCAGCGUUGUCCUGCUUCCAAGUGACUAAACAAAUUACCACAUUGAUUAUUGAUUAAUUGAGACCGUAAGCAGUGAAACUUGUCCAUGUUAUCCUUGUGUGUAUUUCUGUUCUGUUUUAAUUAUUUUCGACUGAAUAUACCUCAGCAGCACUUCAACAAAAGGUUCACCUUUAGUCAUUUCUGUGUAUAGAACAUGGUAGAAUGUAUAAGUACUGUCUGGCUUCGCCAUUCACGCUUCAUACUGAUGAACCAUAUAUAGGAACCAUACAUGAAAAGGACAACCUACUACUGCUAUUUUCUAGUACUACUAUUUAUGGGGUAUUUCCAGGUUUUGAAUAUUAUUUUGAAAAUCCUUCUUGCCAAAGUAAAAGCCUUUCUCCUCGCGGCUGGGUGGGUGUGCGUGUCUGCUGCUGGCGUCGCUGGUUCCCCUCUCGGUGGGGGGGGGGCGGCAGGGGGGGGGGGGGCCCGAGGAGCUCAGCCCCGCUCCAGCGCUGUUAGCGGUUUCUUAAGAGUUUGCUCGCGAGAUGAACCAGUUGCCGUUUGGCGCCGUAGGAUGUUACUGAAAUAUUUAUCUGAGGAAAGAACUUAAGAAUUAGAGAAACUGAUCUUUUCUUAAUUCUAUACAUAUAAAUAUAUAUAUAAACACUUGUAAGAUAUUCAUAUUUUAUAUUUGAACCAGUAUGUUAUCAAGACUGAAUGUAGUGUUUAUCAUGCUUACUCAAACGAAAAAAAAGUCUCCCCUGAAACUUUCUUCUUUUUCUUUUUUGUUUUCUUUUUUAAAAAUAAUCUUUAAAACUGUCAAGACCAAAAAAUAAGAAACAUUAGAGCGCGACUCGCCCUGUAUGUGUGUGUGGUUGUGUGUUUGGGGGGAGGAGGGAGGCGAGGUCUUGGUCCUGUGGUCGGUAGGAGACUGAAGCAUCUGAUCUUAAUCGUUUUAUUUUGUUUCGGUUUGGUCAUUGUGGACUUUAUUUGCUGUGUUGUCUUUAACAAUCAUUAGAUUAUUUUCUUUAUUUUUUUUUUUUCGUUGUUGUUGUCGUUGAAAAAGAAAUAUUACUUUAAUGCCUUUAAAUUGUUUUGUAUAGUGUGAGAGGGCAAGAUCACUGGCUUUCUUAGUUCGACAAAGAAGAUUAACAUUAUCAUUUAUGCCUUAUUGUUACGUAGAAGACAUGAGCAUUGUAGCAUUAUUGUUCUGUGUGUGUGUGCGUGUGUGUGUGCGUGUGUUUGAGUGAGUGUGUGUGUGUGCGAGCUUGGCCGCCGAGCUCACCUGGUGCAUUGUUUUCACUGAAACAAUACAGUGUACUUUGGGCAUUUUAGAGCAUGGGAUGAUUACUUUGCUACUUUUUUGUUUAUUUUAUUUUUUUAUUUUAUUUUUUUUAGGUGUGACUCAGACAGGUUGAGGAUACCUGUGAGAAAAGCUUUACUAAUAAUUCCAGCAGGUGUGUGUGUGUGUGUGUGUGUGUGUCUUAUAAUGAGAGAAUAGGGAGGGCAGUCUGCAAACCAUUACUAUGGUGCAUCUUUCCCCAUCUUCCAGCAGAUGUUUGGAGUGAUUUUUAAAAAUAAGGGGCGAGACGAGAGAGUACUGAUUUUCGUUUAUGUCCGGGAGGGAUGUUCUCUACUGACGAGCCUUCAAGCAAGGCACCGCCAAGCCAGCUUUUUAUUUGCUUUAUUAUUUUUUUUUUUUUUGGUAAAAAAAAAACUACAGUUUGGUCUCAACUUUUUAUUCCUCUGAACUGUCUACUUGGCACUGCCUGAGCUUUUAGCGCUUCAGUAGGUGAGCCAAGUUGUAGUAUGUUGACCCACCACACUGGUUUGCUGGUUUUUUAAUAUGGACGUGUAAGACAAAAGGAGCUGUUGUAUACCUCAUUUCUAACUCAGUACUGAGUGAAACCUGCUUUAAUCUACUUAUGGAAUAAGGAAAAUCUUUUAAAAUAAUAAUAAUAAAAAAAAAUUAUUAAAAAAAAAAAGAAAAAGACAAAGAAUAACUCAAACUUGUGUCAGUGGAGAAGCCCGCUCACACCUGUACUUAGCGAAGGGUUGUGGGGAAAAAAGCCGCCACUAGGGGGAGACAGCGCACAUACGAGUACUGGUGAAUGUCUUCUGUUUGUUCUCAUGCUGCACACAAUGAUUAGUAGACUUCAGGGGAGACGCCUCAAGCCAACAAGUGUUUUAAAAUAUGCUAAUUUGGUCUUAUGUAAUAAGUUCCCUGUGGCCAAAGUGCAGGAAAACAAAUGUUAAAUUGUGCAUUUUUACAUUUUCUUGAACCCCAAAUCUAAUUUUCUUUUAGUGUCUCCCUCCAACGCUUCUUUAAGUUUGACAAUCCUGAUUUUGUUUAAAUACAUGUGUGUGUAUAUAUAUAAAUAUAUAAGGUACAGAUAUGUGCGUGUCUCCCUCUCCCUCAUGGCGGCGCGCUGUCGCAGCCCCGCUCUCCUGCGGUACCAACAUUAACCAAAGACUUACUAACUUGAUUGUAUCUGAGCGACGCCGCCCCCCCCUCCCCUCCCUCGCCCCCCUGUCCCCGCCUCACUGAUCAGCAUCAAAUCCCGGCUGCGCGCUCUCAACCCGAGUCCUCGGUGCGUCUGUAAAGAGUCUCAGUGCCUGUGGGCGGGGGUGGGUGGGUGGGUGGGGGAGGCCGGAGGUGGAGGUGGUGGCGGCGGUGGUGGAGGAGGGGGUGGGGGUGGGCAUGAGCGAGCUUCUCCGACUGACACGAACCAAUGUGGUGGUAGCUGGGUGAUGUUUGUUAAUACACACUGAGGGUUAAUCCUGUGCACACUGUACCUGCUCAGGACUCUGUAUGUUUGUCUGUCUUGAGAGCUGUUGCUAGGAUGUGCCCCCCCCCCCCCCCCCCCCCCCCCUCUUCCUCCUCCUCCUCCACCUCCCCCCUCCUCCCCAACAUCACCACCGUUUCUCUCAAGGGCUGUGGUGAAAAUGCUGUUCCUGCCUCUCACAGUGCGUCUGUCUCCUCCUCCUCCUCCUCCUCAUCUGUACACUGUAGUCCCAGGACAUGACAUCCUGCGGCCGUUAAAACUCACUGCUGUGUCCUCCUCCUCCUCCCCCCUCCUCCUCUGACAUCGUCUCUUCACUACAGACUCUUGAUCAGCUGUGACACUAUGCAUCACGGUCCUCCUCUCUGCAUGGACUGUGUCCCUCCGGCUCAGACCUCUGGCCGUCGGGCUUCAGUGACACUUUGUUUAAUGCUUUACUCCGAGUGAGGUUGUAGGGACCUCGCAAAGCGCUAUCCCAAAGCAAAAAUCCAAAUAUUUAACUUUUGACAAAUGCAGAUACCAAAGAUAUCUCUCUGUCCUGUGUGUCUCUCGUCUGUUAUAUAUAUUUUUUUCUCUCUCUCUCUCUCCCUUCCACCCUGCAGCAUGUGUAUUAAGAGACAAACCCAGCACUGGCUUUAGUCCUAGCCUCAGUAAUUCCAAAGCUUAGAUGUAUAUUUUGGUAUAUUUCUGAGAAAAACCUAGCGUCUGUUUUCUCAUUUAUCGUAAUCUCCUUUUUCUGUCACAGCAUGGAACUAAUUGCAGAACUGUCUUACUCUUGGUAGGUUUAAGAUAUAGUAUUUUUGUAUGUUUUUGGGUGUGUCGUGUGUGUGAUUUAUCAGUUCACAGCCCAAGUGACCAUGGCUUUCAUCCAGAGAAAAAAAAAAACAAAGAAAAGGAAAAAAAAAAUAAUAAUAUUAACAAAAAGCCAACCGUGUACAUAUUAUGUCUGUGUAUCUCAAGAAAUGCAUUUCUGUAAAACAUUUCACGUUGGAAGCUUGGGCUCAUCUAAAGGAAUGUGUCCCUGUUUUAUCUCCCUUUUUUUCUUAUUCUGCAGACUGAUAUUAUUUGACUUUCCAGGACUCGAAUGUAAAGAGUUUUGGUUUCCAUCGUGGAAUACAACACUGAGGGAGACUGCUCCGAUCUGACUACAUAUAAUAAUAAUAUUAUUAAUAAUAAUAAUAAUAAUACUGAUAAUAAUAAUUAAAAAAAUCAAAAAAGAAAAAAAAAAACAUGGCCUCCAGUCAUGGCGGCAUAGAACUGAAAGAUUGUGUAGGAGUUUAAGUAUGUGAAUCAGGAUACAUAGUAGAUUUUAAUGCAUUUGUCUGCUGUAUUUUCGUUUGUUUUUUAUACACAUAUAAAGAUAAUCUUUUACUGUAAAUGUACAGUUCUCUUUUGUUGUAAACAUCAUUAAACCAUUUUCCAAGUG